AUGGCUUCAGGUGUUGCAGCACCGCCUUUGCCGCCGCAUCCGAAUCCGUAUCGUAGUGCCUAUGCUGGUGCGGGGGCGCAGGCGUCUGCUCGACCGCCUGCGAAUACACUACCCAACGCGGAAGAGUUAGCGGCGCGCGUUGAAGAGGCGAGGAACUCGGCUAAGCUACUCACGCAAUUCGUGCAAUCGACGCCGCCGGCCGAGCUGGAGGAUAAUGAUCUCGUGAAGGAGUUUGUUGAUCGCUGCCGCACCGGUUCGCGGCUUAUUCAGGGUUAUAUUCAUUCGACGAACCCCGCGCCGGAUGAGGAUACGUUGUUGACGCUUAUUGAGACGAAUGAUGAGAUUUCUGUUGCGUUGUCGCAGCAGCAGCGGGCUAUGCUGAGGGCGCGUAAGGUGAGGGGGUCUUCGUCGCCUAGUUCGUCCAAUGUGAAUUCGCCUGAGCCGACGUCUCAGUCUCAGUCUCAGGGCUCUCCUUCUGGGGCUGCGGCGCCGAGGGAGCAGCCUUUGCCAUCUGUUCCGGUUGCUACGGAGUUGCCGUCGACUGUUAUGACCGGUGGUAGGACGUCAAAUGCCACUACUGCUGCUCCUAUUGCUGCUGCUACUGCUGCUCCUACUAUUGGUAAUACGGGCCGGCAUGAGUAUCGGUCUGAGGACUUCCAGGUUCAGAAUCCCUUCGCUGAUGACUAUGUCACGGACGAUUCUGAUCAUGGGAGGAAUCAGACGCAUCAGUCUCAGAGAGACCGGGUGCAUUUCCAGCCUGCUGAGCAGGAGCGUUGA